ACAGAGGGCGGUUGUGAGGAAGGCGCUGUUUGUGUAGAGAGCCAGAGUCUUAGUGCAAGGGGAUUCCCUCGGGAGUGCCAGCGGUAGAACACUGAGAAUGUCGGGGAUUCCUCCGGACACCUGGCAACCCAAGAUUGUAACACUGGAGACCACUAUGGGAAACAUAUUGCUGGAAUUGUAUUGGAAGCAUGCACCGAAAACCUGCAAGAACUUCGCUGAGCUGACUCGAAGGGGUUAUUAUAAUGGUACAAAGUUCCAUAGAGUCAUCAGUGAUUUUGUGAUUCAGGGAGGAGAUCCAACUGGGACAGGUAGAGGGGGCUCAUCUAUUUAUGGAAAGCAUUUUGAAGAUGAAUUGCACAAAGAUUUAAAAUUCACAGGUGCAGGGAUUCUUGCCAUGGCAAAUGCAGGCCCAGAUACAAAUGGCAGCCAGUUCUUCAUAACUUUGGGACCCACACCACUGCUGGAUGGAAAGCAUACAAUCUUUGGUCGUGUGUACCAUGGGUUGUCAGUAACUAAGCGUAUUGCACUAGUGGAGACUAAUCGUGAUGACCGGCCUACAGAUGAUGUAAUCAUUUUGAAAGCCACAAUAUCACAUUAACGGUAGCUGAAGUUAUGCUAUUCAUUUAAUGAUUUAGAAUAAUUCCGAGGUAGUGGUGUUUUGUAUUUCCAUAACCUUACUGAUUACAAAUCUUGUGAAUUUGUAACGACAGGAUCAAUUGCAACACACCUGACUUCACCAUGAAGUUUAACUUCACCCUGUUGCUGUUGGUAAUCAUCCCAAGUCAUUUCUUAUGGGUGCCUUGUAACAAAUAUUGCCUACACCUUGUAAAGCAAUACAUGAAAAUGUGAAAUUGAGCAGAAAUACCAUAAUCCAAUUUGUGUAAAAUUUAUUACACAGAGAACAUUUCAAUGUUUUUAUAUAAACAAAAUGCUACCACAACAUUGGCACGUGGAAGACAGAUACAGGAUCCUGAUGGUGGCAUAAUCUUUGUAUUCCCACUGUGGAUCCAGUGUAAACUAAAUGCAUCAUCUUACCUGAAACAUUGGGGUCCUUUGCGCUUUUUCUUGGAAGAACAUUAUUGAGAAUGAGUGAUCAUAUAGUUAUGCUCAUGCCUUUUAACUCCCUAUCUUCUUUCAAAAUGUUUCUUUCUGAAGGGAUUUGUUCAUAUUUUGUUUUCACUCCACCUGGCAACUGAGACAUGGAGAUUCUGUUUGUUUCAUUUUUAAAAAAAUUUCUAAUUUAGGUAAAUUGUUCUUAUACUUUUAUGUUUGUCUUGGAGGUAUAAUCGUGGCUGGGUGUAACAAAAAAGUUCAGUUUACAUAAGUGCAUAGGACUUGUUCUGAGAUCUAAGAUGUACUCUGGUAGCAGAGAUCAGGAAGUUUUACUUCAAAGUAAAGUAGAGUAUACAGCAGACUCUAUAAAUGAAAACAAAAAGAAGAUUUUGAUAAUUAAUUGGGGAGGAAUUGGGGGAAAAAGUGCAAAACUAACUUAUGUUGGCAGGCAUAGAUGUGCUAUUUGCUUACUGGAUUGCUUUUGGCACUUAUCAGCCAGUCUUAAUCUUACCAAUUUUUACUGAUUUCAUCUGAAUGCUCAAUCCUAACAUUUUUAUCUUUGGCCUGGAGACCAGAUAUGCCUGUUCUUCUGUCUACUUGAGCACAGUAGACACCUCCAGUUGUCAGAAGCAGAUACGUUUUCUCUUAAAUGCUAGCCAAGUCAACAUUCAAUAGCAUUGAACACACGAUGGAUAGAUCAAAUGCACAGUGCUUUUACUAAAUUAUUAUUGUCAGUGUUAAGACAAGACCAUGACUAUUAUAGGUGUGAAAUCCCACCUUCUACUCAACAUUUUUGUUUAAUUAAAGAAGAUUUCCCACAGUAUUUUCUUUUCAGCAAAUGUGUACAUAGAUAAUGGUUAUGUUAACAGGAAAGAAUACUUGAGAGGCAAAAUACUGCACCUGCUGGAAAUAGAAAUAUAAACACAAAAUGCUGAAAAUACUCAGCAGAUGUGGCAGUAUCUGUGGUGGGAAAAACAAACUAAUUUUUGAGAUCUGUCUCUCAUCAUGAAAACUCUAGCCUAAUACUUACCAGCUAACAAAAUCCACUCUCUUUGUUAUAAUAGUUUUCAAUUUGGAUAGAUUUUUUUUCCCUCUUUGCCUUCACCAGAACAAAUUGAGCUAUUUGAGUCUUUCACCUAGAUUUUCUGAUUGAAACCACUUUCCUGCCAAAUGUCCAGAGAUACGCAGCCAAAUUUCUGGUCUCAGGUCAGUGAUGUGUUAAAGGCAAGGCCUCCACUCUUCACCAGUGAGUUGAACUGAACAGAAUCAGAACUUUCAAAGGCAGAUUUUGGAAGAAGACAACUUUCAAGCCAGCUGUAAAAAAUUAGAAAUACUUUAAUUCUGACUUCUGUUUCUAGAUCCUAUGCACAGAGGUGUUGAAAAUAUUUAGGUAGGCCUGUUCUGAAGAAACGUUAUUGAGGCUCCCUCUGUCAACCUUUCAGUGUUGAAAAUAGGGCAUAAUCUGUACCGCUACCAUUUAACAUUCAAAAAGGAUACAUGGAAGAAACUACAGAAGAUGCUGUGCUCCCUUAUUGUAAUCUGAUUAGCAUGUGGAAGGGAACUGUCUGCCAAGCCUUUGUGUUGAAGUCCAAAAAGCAUUUGCCUUGUCUUUGAAAGCAUACAGUGUAUCCAUUUCUUCAUUCAGUGAUGACUGGUUGGAAUAGUCUCAAAUACAUUAAAGUUUCAGUGAUAACAACAAAAA